GUUCAGCGUACGAUAGCUAAGCAGAUCACGAUGGCGCGCAUGAUAGGUAAGGGAAGGUUCGGAGAGGUGUGGAAGGCUCGCUGGCGUGGCGAGGCCGUCGCUGUGAAGACAUUCUUCACGACGGAGGAAGCAAGCUGGUUCCGCGAGACGGAGAUCUACCAAACCGUGCUUCUGCGCCACGACAACAUCCUCGGCUUCAUCGCUGCCGACAUUAAGGGCACGGGUUCGUGGACACAGCUGUACCUGAUCACGGAGUAUCACGAGAACGGGUCGCUGUACGAUUACCUGCACGCCACCACGCUGGACAGUGUGUCCAUGAUGAGACUCACCCUGUCUGCUGCCAGCGGUAUCGCUCACCUGCACACAGAGAUAUUUGGCACGCAGGGCAAGCCAGCCAUUGCUCACAGAGACAUCAAGAGUAAAAACAUACUAGUGAAGAAGAAUGGUGUGUGUUGUAUAGCAGACCUGGGUCUAGCAGUACGCUAUCUGAGUGACACCAACGAGGUAGACAUCGCUUCUAACACGCGGGUCGGCACGCGUCGCUACAUGGCUCCCGAGGUGCUGGACGAUCAGCUAGACGCGACCCACUUUGACUCCUACCGCAUGGCUGACAUGUACAGCUUUGGUCUCGUGCUGUGGGAGAUAGCAAGGCGUUGCUCCUCUGCAGGCAUCAUUGAGGAAUACCAGCCACCGUACUACGAUACCGUCUCACCCGACCCAGGCUUUGAUGAGAUGAGGAAGGUGGUGUCAAUCGAGCGAAUACGACCGACAAUCCCCAACAGGUGGAGCUGCAACGAGCACUUGCAGAACUUUGUGAAGGUGAUGAGUGAGUGUUGGCAUCAGAAUCCUCUCGCUCGCCUCACCGCGCUGCGUGUCAAGAAAACGCUCACAAAGAUGACGAACGACGAGUUAAAAAUCCAACCGUAGAUGGCAGCACCCGAGUCUCAUUCUCAUAAAGCCAAAGCAGCUACCGGCGCGACGCCGUGCGGCGACGAGAGAAGGAACUCCGCCCCUGCCCCCCAGUGUACGCAGGGACGGACGCUCGUGUGCACAGACUGUCUGCAGAAGUGCAGAAGACAAUAUAGGAUUGUGACGAAUAUGUAAAUAGAACGUGUAUUAUAUCGUGACCCACCGCCCUCUGGACACACACCGCUGUACCGCCACGUCGUCAGUGCGGGAGGGGCGUUGCUACGACGAAAACAUUGUGGAGGAUUUUAUAUGUGUGUGCAUUCGCCAGCGCCACCUACGGGCGGCUCGAGAACGAAACAGACGAUCGACGAAGACGCAGUUUUUUGUAUUAUUGUUACUCGCGAUUUUUCUUUGCUAUGCUUGAUUAUUCCGUGUGUCGCGCGAACGUCCAUUGUUGGCACAGUGCCAGGACCGCACCCCGCGGCAUGGCCCACCGUCUGUGGAGACAAGGUUAGGUGCGCGAAAACUUGUUGCUCUCUUGUUUUAUUCAUCGCACAAAGCAGUCCAGACCCCCACCCACUCACACAACAUCACACCGGCUUACUAGAGACAUGCGUGGGAGUCAGGAGAAGGUGUGAGGGAGGGGGGCGUCUCCCUUUUCCUCGCCUCGUUGCAACCCUUCCGUGUCCCUCCUACCCGCUCCUAGCUUCCUUCCUCCUUAUUCCUUCUUCCCGCCAACAAAUACUCCAGGUGGCUCUACAAUAGCGCUGCGAGCAUGUCCAUGCAAACGUGAUUUGUCGCGUUCUCCCUCAGGGGGGCGCCACUGCUGCACGUGGUGCUACGAGCGUGGAUGGCAUGUCGUGUGAGGCUGGGUUUUACCGCGGAGCAGAGAAAGAGAGAGGCUGCGCAUUGACAACAUAAGAUUGUAUGUAGAAUAUAUGUUUGUACUACUGUCUGUAGAUAUACCUUUUACUAUGAGACAAUUUUUAUAAUAAAACCUUCCUAUUACAAUUAA